CAACACUCAAAGUCUUGUGUCGUGCGGCCAGAAUGUGUGUGAGCUGCACGCUAAAGAGAUGGGUUUCAAAGUAGUGCUCGCGCUGUGCCUCGUUUUCGGCUGGACCACCACCACUUGCCAGGCGAACAGGCGGUCGAGAAAUGAAGUUAAUUUCGACAAGUUUCUGGCAUCCCUCAAAGGAGACGGGAACUCUUCGGCCAGAAUUGAAUUAGAAGACUGGAGGUCGGGAUUGAGUCUGGUCAAGAAGAAUAAAUAUUUAAUGGAAAACGAUCUCAUGACUGACUGCACUAUACUGGUUGGACCUGACAGAGAGCCAAUGAAGGCGCAUAGGCUGUUCAUGUCGCGCGCCAGUCCGAUUUUCGCCGCGUAUCUGAGGAACAACACCAACACCAUCCACCUGGACGACUUGUCUCCUGACGAAUUCCACGCCAUUCAGAGGUACCUGUACCAAGGAUCGUUCUGCACCACGGAUGAAGAAGAGGCGUGCCGGCUGCUGAGACACGCGAAAAGGUACCAGAUCGGCGCCUUCGAGGAGAAGCUCAAGAGCAGUCUGUGGGUCAACAUGUACCCUGACCAGGUGUGGACAACGUACAAGUGCGCAGUCGAGACCAACGAUAACUUUUUAAUUCAAGCUGCUUUAAAUGUUAUAUCCUGGCGAACGGAAGAGCUGAUAUCCGAUCCGGAGUUCCUGCAACUUCCACACUCCGCGCUGGCCCAGAUCCUGCAGAUGCGCACCAUGAACCUGACGACGCGCUACGUGGCCCCGAUUCCCUCUUCGGGCAUUCUGCCCCCGGUGGCCGUGGCUGCGGAGAUGAAAUUGUUCGACUCGCUCCUGCGCUGGGCCGUGACGGCCGCCGAGAAAAAGGGGCUCGAGCCUUCCAACCCAGAGUCGAUACGGGGCGUUUUGGGCCCAGUCUUCAAAAAUCUGCAGGCGGUCAUGCUCAAUUACAACAAUUUUAACGCGGGAAGCUCAACGGGCGAUCCCACUUACAACGAGGCCCUCGACGUUCUUUACAACACUAAUUCUGUGUAUCAGCCAUCGGUUCUGCACAGCCCCACACUGAGCUCGCGGAAACCCGACAUUUUGGAGAUCCGAGGGACGGGAUCGGACUACUUGAUGUGCAACCAAACGUCUCAGAGGAAUAUUUUCGACAUCAUGACGGCAUCGCACAUGUCGAAAGGACUGAAGCGACUGGUAGGAGUGCAGAUUCCGGCCAGGGUGACCAAAGGAGAUGACUGCGUGGCAACCGAGGACAUGUCUUUUGUCGUUUAUGGAGAGAAUAAGUCGGUAUUACGCAGCCAGAGAAUUGUUAUUCCUCAAAAUAACGCGUGUGCCAUGGACGCGCCAAAAGUGUUGAACUUCAAAUUUGACAGUCCUGUGCCGAUUCCGCCAAGUAGCUGGUCAGUAAAAGUGCUAUUCCAUGCUCCAGGAAAGUAUCCAAGCACGUGCUCAAUAUCAGAAACGCCCUCGUUUUUUGAAGAGCGAUCACAUGAGUUGGUGAGAAGAACGACGGACUCGUUUAUCUGUUCUUUUGUUGUAGAGAAGUAGUAGGCAGUCUUUUAAGAAACGAAAACACCGUCAAUUGAAUACCAGUUAACUUUUAUUUACAAAGUUACUUUUCAUUUUAAAGCUCAGCCAGUGUAUUUUGAUCAGACGCCUUUUUGACAAGAAAAACAACAAAUGACUCGUGGUUUUCAACUUAACAAACUAUUUUGUAAUGCUUUCCCAUAUGAUUAGAUUUAAGUAGUGUAAUAAGAGACUUUCAAUGCACCGUGUAGAAAUUCUCUGUCUUGAAGGAAUAACAUGCAACACUCAAAUUAGGUACAAAUUUGGCGCCUGACAGAAAACUUUGGAUUCGUAUAGCAUUUGUGGGACAAUCAUUUCUACUCAUGUAGUACAGUUUGCUGUGUGUAGUAAUUAUGUUAACCAUCUUAUAAUGUACAUACUCACAUUUGAAAAUCUGAACCGGAGAGAUUCUCAUCGCCAUUGACUCAACCACAUCAAGAAGAUACAAACAGUCAAUCGAAGCACACUACCGAAACAUUGUCAUCUUUUCACAAAAAUUUAAAUAAAACAAUUUCCAAUUGGUAACAAAGA